UUGUCGUCAACCCUCCAAGAAACUGCAAUUAACCAGAGACCCAAGAAUGGCAGAGGGCGCAGUAUCAUUUCUGUUGAAUCAGCUAGCAACACUUAUCCAAGAAGAGAGACAACUAUUAGGAAGACUUGAUGAAAACGUCCUGGAUAUCCAAAAGCAACUGGAGUUCAUGCGGGCUUUCUUGCGAGUUGCUGAUGCAGAAGAAGAUGGAGAUCCUCAACUCCAAGCAUGGGUUAAGCAAGUGAGGGAGGUUGCUUAUGAUGCUGAAGAUGUCAUCGAAACAUUUAUGCUACAGUUUGCAAAUCUCCGGGCAGAAGAUGGAUUUUGCGGCUGUGUCCAGAAGAUCUAUCUCUCUUUAAAGAAUCUCAGAGUGCGCCAUAAUAUUGCGUCUGAUUUGGAAAACAUCAAGGGAAGGGUCACGAACAUUUCUAAAGGACGUGAGAUGUUCCAAAGAGAUUCUGGUGUGCAGCUGAGAUCUAGCUCUACCUUACUGUUUGGUGGGCGAGUUGAUGCAAUUUUGGUGGAUGAAGCUAAGCUUGUAGGAAUUGACAGGCCAAAAGAAUUGCUCAUUAAAGAGCUUCUUGAUGAUGAAACUCGGCUUAAAGCUGUUUCUGUGUGGGGAAUGGGAGGAUCGGGGAAGUCCACAUUGGUUAAACGGAUUUACGAGGAUGAACGAGUGAAAGGGAAAUUCCAGUGCCAUGCUUGGAUCACUGUUUCUCAGUCCUUUGACAUCAUGAAGCUUCUCAAAGACUUGAUUCGAAAGUUGCACCAUGAAAUCAAGGAAUCUAUGCCUCAGGAACUGGAACGCAGUCAAGAGGUUGAAUUGAAAGAAUUUGUCAAGGAAUUCCUCUCUGAACGUCAGUAUAUCAUAGUUUUUGAUGAUGUAUGGAGCACUGGUUCAUGGAAUGCUCUCAAGCAUGCACUGCCUGACAAAAAUAUGAGUAGUCGUGUGGUACUCACUACACGGACACUCGAUGUGGCUAACACAGCCAGUCAGCCCGAAUAUCCGGGCUGUCACGGCUGUGUCCAUGAAAUGGAGGCCUUAUCUUAUGAAGACUCUUGGAAACUACUUUGUAACAAGACUUUUGGAGACGAAAUCUUCCCCCCACAUCUACAAGACUGUGCAGAUGGCAUAUUGGAUAAAUGUAAGGGCUUGCCUCUUGCCAUUGAUGCUGUUGGUGGUCUAUUGGCUAUGAAGGACAAGAACAGCGUAGAGGAGUGGAGUACAGUCUCUAGCUACCUUAACACCAAGCUACAUGGUUAUAGUGAUAACCUUGAAAGAACACGACAGGUACUUCUUCUAAGUUACUAUGAUUUGCCUUACGAUCUCAAGACUUGUGUAUUGUACUUGAGCAUUUUCCCUGAAGAUCAUAUGAUUGACCAUAUGAGAUUGAUUCGGCUAUGGAUAGCUGAAGGAUUUGUGCAAGGGAAAGAAAGGUUGACAAAAGAAGAGGUUGCACUUCAUUAUCUUGAGGCGCUCAUUAAUAGAAGCCUAAUCCAAGUUGCAGAGAGAUAUCCAGAUGGAAGGGUAAAUCUUUGUCGUAUCCAUGAUAUUGUACAUGAAAUUCUUGUUUCUAAGUCAAAUGAGCAGAAUAUAGUGAACACUGAAAUGGGAAGAGAUUCAGAGUUGCCUGAUAAAGUUCGACGGUUUGCAAUACGUACUUCCAUAGACAGCGGCCACCUAGAAACUAAUAGGUUGAAAUAUCUACGAUCACUGAUAUUAACAGCGUCCGUAGAUUCACGAUUUGAAUCAUUCUUAUCAAAGCUGCUGUCAGGUAGUCGAAAGUUGCUAAAGGUGUUGGACUUAAGAGAUGCUCCACUAGGAAAGAUCUCAAAUGAAGUUUUCAAACAUUAUCAUCUUACGUAUUUGAGUCUGAGGGGGACAGAGGUCAAGGACAUUCCAGAGUCAAUUGGACAGCUUCAAUGCCUAGAGACUUUAGAUCUUAAAGACACUGAGGUCAUUUCUUUACCAAUUGAGAUCCUAAAACUCAAAAGACUCCGACAUCUCUUAGUAUAUAAAUAUAAGCCACCGAUAUGUGGUGUGUUUCCCUUUGAUAAUGUUCAAAGCUUUAAGGCUCCAUACCGAAUAGGAUGCUUAUCAUCCCUACAGAAGCUUUGUUGCAUAGAGGCAGACCAAAUGGGUGACACUACGAUAGUGAGAGAGAUAGGGAAGCUAACCCAAUUGAGGAGAUUGUAUAUUAGGAAAUUAAGAAGAGAAGAUGGGAAGGAUUUUUGCUCGUCCCUCAAGAAGUUAACUGAACUACGCUCGUUGGUUGUCGGUUCCAUUAGAGAGGAUGAGAUCAUUGAGUUGCAGGAUGAUCUCUAUUUUAAAUUUCUUCGAAACCUAUACCUGGAGGGGAGGUUGGAGAAGGUACCACAAUGGAUACCUUCUCUUCACUCGCUGAGUAAAGUAGUUCUGAGACGUAAUAUGUUAAGCGACGAUCCAUUAGAAUCCCUUCAAGAUUUGCCUAGACUAGCAUAUCUUGAACUUGAUAAGACAUUUGAAGGUGAGAAAUUGGAGUUUAAGGCUGAAAAAUUUCAACGUCUCAAGACUUUAGGGAUUUGGAGGUUUAAUGGAUUAAGAAAAAUCGUGUUGGAGAAGUGUACCAUGCCAAAUCUUGAUGUGCUAUUCUUGGGGCACUGCAAGUUGGUAGAGUUGCCUAUUGAUUUCGAGCAUUUGAACAAGCUUCGAUACUUUCAAAUCAGUUAUAUGGCCAAAAACUUUGUCGAGGCACUAGAAAAUCAGAAACGAAGUGAAGGUAGUAAUUGGAAACUAGCUCAUGUCCGCAAUAUUUUUGUAGAUGACGAACAAGGAUGGGGAAACUUGUAACAAAGAUUCCACUCGUUUGUACUAUAGUCUUGUCCCAUUUUCUUUGUCAUUAUUUCCUUGUACUUUUUUGUCUUCUUUCAUGUCUAAUGAGUCAUGCUCUUAUCAUAGUAAAAUAAACUGAAAGAAGCUCUUCUUAUUCUGUAUUCACUUCUUUAUUGAUUCGAUUA